GAACGACUUUCGCGAAUCUAUUGUGCUUAGGCCUCAUACAGGAGAACUAACUCGCCUGGGGCGCUAUUCUUGAAACCGCACGAAUCUCGUUCGUGUACGAGCAAAUUCGAUGGGCAAGUUUCGUAUUUAUAAAUGUACCAAUGAUAUUACUUUGGCGUGACAUUGAUAAUGAUAGUGUUCAUAGUAAAGUGAUAGUAAGAGUUAAUCUGCGAAAGGAUCCCAAAGGACGCUGGAAAAAUCUAAGGUCAAAAUUUGUGAGCAAACAUAAAGAUGGAAACGAGAAUUGGGUUUAUUACGAAGAUAUGAAAUUUUUAUUGAAUGAAAUUCAUCAUAGAGAGCCUCCUUCCUCGGCAGCAUCUAUGGCAAGUAAUUCACAAAGGUCUUGCGCAAAUGGAAAUUUCAAUUUCUCAGCUUCACCAGCAACUUCAGUGUCAAGUAAUUUACAAAGGUCUUGCGCAAAUGGAAAUUUCAAUUUCUCAGCUUCACCAGCAACUUCAGUGUCAAGUAAUUCACAAAGGUCUUGCGCAACUGAAAAUUUCAAUUUCUCUGCUUCACCAGCAACUUCAGUGACAAGUAAUUUACAAAGGUUUUUCGCAACUGAAAAUUUCAAUUUCUCUGCUUCACCAGCAACUUCAGUGACAAGAAUGCCUCUAAAUUCCUGUAACCCUGGCAGAAUAAAUAAUCAAGAAAAUGAUAUUGAAAUGAGUGAACCAAAUUCAAAUUUUAUACCUUCAAGAGAAAAGUUUGCUGAUCAUGAUUAUAGUGAAACCAGGAACUCAGAAGGUCACUGUUACAUGAAGGAAACAUAUUUGUAGGAAACAUU